UGUAUCUUUUCUGAAUCGGGGGAAAAGAGCAUGCCCUAACAGUUCCUCCUCCUCAAUUUCCUCCUUCUAACAUCCCAUUUUAAUCUAAUUCUUAAUCUAAUUCUCUGUUACCUCAAAAACUCUCCUGUAAUCUAUCGCCACUGAACUCUCCUGCCGUGAAAUUUCUUGUUUUUGUUCCUGUGCUGAUGUUCCGCGAUUAUUAUGAUUCACUUCAUGAGGUGAUUGAUAUAUAUAUAUAUAUCCAGGUUCUGAUUGCAAGGAUUUCUCAUAAGAAAUGGAAGCCCUAGCCAUAAGCACUCCAGAGGAUAUGAAAAAACAAGAUUGGAUCAAGAAAGAUAAGUUGCACCAGGAAGUUGUAUCUUUACCCAAAAGAGAAUGUUCCAAAUUUGAGCCUCAAACUUCACUAUCAGCGGAUUUGAUCAGCUCAUUACCGGAUCAACAAUCAUCAAAAAGACUCAAGUUAGAGGAUCAAGCUUCUUCAGCUGUGGCAUCUUCGAAAAAUCUUAUCCUAAAGAACCAAAUCCAACUUGUUAAAGAUUCCAUUGAAUCUCGCCAGUUCAUAAAAGCUCUGAAGCUCAUCAAUGCUCUACAAUCCGAGUUUCCGACUUCUGCACUAGUUUUGGCUCUGAAGGCAUUGGUUUAUGAGAAAACUGUCGGUAAAGCUGAAGCACUGUCUAUUUGCUCAGACACCAAGGAACAUAUGCUCUCUGAUAUUUCAGUUCUUCCCGAUGUACUGACAAUAUUGGAGACUGUUUGCCAACGUCUCGGUCGCUUGGAUAUGGCUAUUGGUUAUUAUGAACAUGCUUGUGGGAAAGGUUUUGGAAGUUUGGAACUAAUGAGGGGAUUGUUUAAUUGCUAUGCUCGCGAGUCUUCAUUUGUGAAGCAACUAGGGGUUUCCGUCUUAAUGUAUAAGCUUGUUCGGGAGGACAAGUUUCUGUUCUGGGCUGUUCUCUGCAUUCAAUUACAGGUGCUUUCUCAUUUGCUCAAGAAGCAAACGGUGGCUAACUCGGAUGAACCAGAAGCCUUCCUCGUAUACAUUUCUAUGGGGGAGCAGCAAGCAAUGUACGACCCUGCUCAUGAGAUUCUUUCCAAGUUAGGCUCGACACUUCUAGUGGUCAAAUUUGAUAAGCAGCGUUCACAGGGGGGAAGGCUUCUUGCUCAUGUUUGUGACUAUACUGCUGCUGUUGAGGCCUUCAAGAAAAUAUUAGAGUCAUGCAGCCCUGGUGAUUGGCAAUCUUUCCUAAAGGAUAUUUGCUGUUCGCUUGAGGAUGAUAGCAAAUACAGAUAUUUGGCUUGCAAGAUAUCUCAAUUACCUAUGGUUAAUUGUGGUUCAGAAAUCUCGAAAGCACUACAGUUGUCAAACUUGAAGAAUGCUAGAAACAGAUGCCUUCAUAAGGGAAAGGACAGUGAUGCGCUUGAGGAGGCUAUUUAUGAGUACUUCAACAGUAUCGAUCACACAGCUCAAAGGUUCUUUCAAGUCUUGUCAAAAGAUGAAGAAUGCCAAUUGAUAGAAAAUCUUAUCAAGCCAGAUAUUUUGACUCCAGAUUUGCUAAAAGAAGAGUUCAGUAAAAUAUGUAUAGUCUCCAGUAUUCCAAAACGCUUUGGAAACUUCUCUGUGGGAGAAGGAUCUCGAUUUCAUGGGACUACAAUCGUUAUAAAAACUAAUAAGUUUAUCAUACUUGCUGGGGAUGGAAAACUAACAUCAGCUUAUUCCGACAAUGCAUUGCUGUCUAGAAGUGAUAAGGUUAGACAAUUUGAUGAUUUGUGUAUUGCCAUAUGUGGAGUUUGGAAAGGUUUCAGUAAUACUGUCAGUAUUUUGCGAAAGUAUAUGAGAUGUUUCAAAAAAAAUGGGAAAGGAAGGCCCACGGUCAGAAAGUUUGCCGAGUACAUUGCAGAUGAAGCUCCCUUGUUGAAUCGAGUGACUGAAGUUGUUGUUUGCGCUUUUGAUGAUCUAGAGGAUGACCAAACUCCAGCUCCAUGCGUUUCAUGUGCCGACAAAUCCUAUUGUUUUGAUGUGGAAAAGUCUUUUUACUGUUCUGGAUCCUGUGUUAGUCACGUGAAAAGUAUCUUAUCAGAAGGAAAUAUUCGUCCGGACAUGGGGCUUGCAGAGGCAAUUACUUUAGUUGAAAGAGCACUAGUAGUUGCGGCUAUCUUUGACAAUUGCACUGGUGGAUUAGCAAAUAUUACCGUGAUUGACAAUUACAAGAACGUAAAGGUAAUGGCUAGAGAACAUAUACGCACUACAUUAUGGGAAAGACAUCGUUAUUUUUUUGAAAACAGGGAGAAGACCAAAAUAUGAAGAGAACAUGACGUAGAAGAAAAAGAGGAAGGAGGAAUACAAUCGUCACCAAUAUGCAUCAGAAACUUGGAUGCCGGUGUGUUCUAAUUUCUUCAUGAUUGAUAAAUUUUCAUUGGUUGCUACUACUGAGACGUUUAUAGUUCUGUAUGUUAGACCUUGUUAAGCAUUCGGUGCGCGUUUCAUGGAUUUAUUGUUAGUAUAGAUGACAUAAGCUACAUUAGGAUGUUCUGCCUUAAUGAUUGUACUUCAAGAUAUUCCUAGUUUCUUUAUGAAGUGAAAGUGUUGAUUGGAAUUAAAUAUGCUGGUAGAUUUUGAGACAACUUAAAACUCUAAUGGAAGAGAAGUCCCAGUGCUUGGGGGAUGCAUUCUUA